AUACAUCAUUAUUUAUUGUUUAUUUUUCGCUUUCAUAAAAAGCAGUGUUCAUUUGUUUUUCAUUUGUAAUAAUAGUAGAAGCGUAGAACAAAAAAAAAAAAAAGUUAAGAAAAAAACAAGAACAAGAACUUUGUAGUAGAAGAAAACACUGAUAUAAAUUGAAUCGCAUUUCUCGUGAGUUCAUUUAUUUUUCCAUUUGGGUCUAAAUCAGCUACGACACGGUGUAGAAGAUUUCUGUGUCGGAGCUACACUGAGAAUGGCUUCUGACGGAGCAACUUCGGCGGCGAACAGUCGGAGGAAACCGUCAUGGAGGGAGAGAGAGAAUAACAGGAGGAGAGAGAGACGGAGAAGAGCUAUAGCGGCGAAGAUUUACGCGGGAUUGAGGUCUCAGGGGAAUUAUAAUUUACCUAAACACUGUGAUAACAAUGAAGUGUUGAAAGCUCUUUGUGCUGAAGCUGGUUGGACUGUUGAAGAAGAUGGCACUACCUAUCGUAGGGGAAUGAGGGCAGCAACACCAGGCGAUGGUGCGGGGAACAGAAACAAUCCAUUUUCAUCGCAAAAUCCAAGUCCUCUUUCAUCAUCAUUUCCAAGUCCAAUCCCAUCCUACCAAGUUAGCCCUUCUUCCUCUUCGUUUCCGAGCCCGUCUCGUAUGGAUGCAAACAACAACGCAUCAAAUCUCUUUCCAUACGGUCGUACUGUGUUCCCCAACAUGUGUCUCCCACCUUUAAGAAUAUCAAACAGCGCACCUGUGACGCCUCCCAUCUCAUCACCAACCUCAAGAAAUCCUAAACCGAUGAUUCCCACAUGGGAAUCGAUCGCCAAAGCAUCCGCUUCAUCGUUCAAUCACCCUCUCUUUGCAGCUUCUGCACCCACUAGCCCAUCGCACCGUCACCUUUAUGCACCGCCUACUAUACCUGAAUGUGACGAGUCUGAUACUUCUACUGUUGAGUCUGGCCAGUGGUUGAACUUUCAAGCCUUUGCAAAUGCUGCUAAAUCAGUCUCUCCUACAUUGAACUUUAUGAAACCCGUAAUCAAUGAGCAGCAUAACAUGGUGCCUGAUACCAGAAUGCAAGAGAUGAGGAUUUCAGAGCCAGAGUUUGGAGUGCAGGUGGUGAAGCCUUGGGUUGGGGAAAGGAUUCAUGAAGUGGGUUUGGAUGAUUUGGAACUUACUCUUGGAAAUGGAAAGGCUCCCAGUUAAUAAUGAAGAUAGUACAUGCAUCGGAUACAUGCAUCGGGUUGUAUGAGAUGUCGUCCAAAUGGAACCCUCGAUUUCUUUUGAGAAAUAGAGAGGAUCCCAACUCUUUUAUUUUAUGUUUGAAUCUAUAUCCAAAACUCUCAUUUAUUCUCCUUCUUUUAACAUAUAUAUAAAUAUCUUUCUUUAA